ACGUGGGUAUGCUUGUCGAGAGAGACGUCGAGCCCGGCGCAGCGCACAGCGACGGCCAGUACAGUACUUUGCCCGACAACGACGAUCUUGACAAUGGCUUCCCGCCCCCACGUGCCCUCCGCUUUGUAUAAGUAGGCGCUCACAGCCACCGACGCGUCGAGGCGCGUCAAACACGAUCUUCACCCGCCGAUCAUGUCUGCUCCUCCUCCCGCUUCAAACGCCCUUCCCUCUGUCUUGCUACCCGAACUCCUUGGCUUUGUUCCUCAGUUCUUACUUGAUGAUAUUAUAGAUACCGCCAAUGACUCUGUACGUCAGGCUGUCGAUGCCAUGGAGGUCUUCCUCCGACGCUGGGUAGACAACCGAGCACAGAAAGUCGGAGACGAAUGGGACCCAAGUCAGGACCUUGAGCAGGGUCUUGUUGCGUUUCAAACGCUACUCUACUCACACGUCGACAUUGCCUUUGACUUCUUUGAGGCAUGGAGUCUGCGAAAUAUAUUUGCGAUCCCUCCAGGUCUACCUAUCGUUGCUCCUCAUCAGAGAGGUCUUGAUUUGACAAGAGAGGAAAAUGCGGAGCGAGACCUCAUAACAGAGAUUGAGGACCUCAGGCGAAAGAUACAUGCGCAACGGAAACUGCGUCGACUCUUCGCGCACGCCGUUGCCAAAUCCGCUCUUCAACGCGCUCAUUCGGAACAUCGUCUUCAACGUCUCUCAUUCCUCCAAUCUCCACAGCUCAAAACCCUCGUCUCCCUCCCAACAAAGUUUGAAGCCAUGUAUGAAGCCGUCGCCAACUUACCGCCCCACGAGGACGAGUCACCAAUACAGAAUCAAGUUGAGCCUGGGAAGAGACCAUGGGAGACAAGUAAGACGGGUUAUAUCUCUUGGGCGGUGGAUACGCUUGUACGGAAAGCAAAUGAGAAGGAUGGCCAAACGGGUUCUGCUGUUGGGGCUAUUGUCGCGCAGACAAGCGAAAUCGGGAGGGCCGAGGAUAUCAAGGCGGCCCUAGAGGUGUUGGACAACGACAAGAUGGAUGUGAGCUGACGAGUCUACCACAGAAUUAUCAGACUUGUUUCUUCGUGUACUGUAUUGACAGAGUUGUGUGAAGU